CAAACAAAACAACCAUUCUCUUCUCAUCAAUUACUCUCAACAAAAUGUAUUCAGCAUCACAAACUACACUUUCAAAAUCAAUAUUUGUUACCAUAUUUGCAGUAAUAGCAAUGACAAAAACAAUAACCAUAACAACAGCAAUUGACCCAAUUGCAGCCACAGGAAAAGAACCAAUAAUUGAACUAUUCAUGCAUGACAUUCUUGGUGGAAGUAACCCAACAGCACGUCCAGUAACAGGUUUACUAGGAAACAUAUACAGUGGUCAAGUACCUUUUGCAAUGCCAAUAGGUUUCAACACACCAAACAAUGCUAUUCCAAUCCCAAAUUCAAAUGGUGCUCUUCCAACUGUUAAUGGUGUUACUGGUAUUCCACUAGGAACUGGAUUGGCCGGUACGUCAUUCGCACCAAACAACAACAAUAAUCAAAAUCAAAACAAUGUUCAGAUAAUGUUAGGACCUGAUGGACUAGAACUAGGAUUUGGUACAAUUACUGUUAUUGAUGAUGUUUUAACAUCACAACCUGAAUUGGGUUCUCAAAUGGUUGGGAAAGCUCAGGGGGUGUAUGUAGCAAGUUCAGGUGAUGGGAGUAGACAGAUGAUGACAUUUACAGCACUUUUUGAAGGAGGGGAGUAUGGUGAUAGUUUGAAUUUUUAUGGAUUGUAUAAGAUUGGAAGUACUAUGUCGCGAUUGUCGGUUAUUGGAGGGACAGGAAAGUUUAAGAAUGCUAAAGGUUUUGCUGAAUUGAGACCUCUUAUUCCACCUGGACAGAUUGCUACUGAUGGUGCUGAGACUUUGUUGAGGAUUACUGUGCAUUUGAAUUACUAUUGAGUAUUGUUGUUGUUCUAUUGUGGAGGUGUGAAAGUAUGGUAAAAUGUUUGAUUACUUAUGAUUAUUAUUUUAGGUUGUUGUUGUUGUUAGUUUGAUUGAAAAAUGUGUUUUAAAUCUUAGUUGUUUUCUGUAGAAAGUAUGGAUUGAGUUGUUCAUUUUUCAACAUGGAAACUUGGCUUUGAAUACUGAUGAAUUGUGAUAGCAUGAUUUUUUUUUAA